AUGAAGUACGGAGCUACUCUUGUUGCCCUCGCGGGCAUUGCCUCGGCUCGCGAGAUCCCCAUCUAUUCGGGCGAGGUCGCCAAGCGCGAGGUGCCACAGGAGCACUCGCAUGAAGCUAUUCUCCGCGCCACCAACAUUGCGCUGAAACUGAACAACCCUCUCAACAUCCUCGACGCCGUUUUUGCGCUCCUGGGCAACGCGGCCGCCGCUACCGGUGCCCCGGAGGUUGAGAAUCUGGACUGCCUGCAGCAGAUCGUUGCAGACCAAGCCUUCACGAAUGCCAAGGAGGCCGGUGAUCUCGAUCUCCAGGUCAACGCCAUCCUCUUCCGCGCCCUGGAGCGGAACACGCUUCAGGUUGGCUUGGCUAGCGUCCUUUGUAACGAGACGGCCGUCAACCCUGAGAUUGCCAAUAUCCAGCAACACCAGGAUCCUGCUUCGCCAGAGGCCGUUAACAAUGCUGCUAUCGAGCUGGAAGUCGCAAAGUCUCUGGCUUCAAUUGGGGCGGAUCCCCUUCUCGCCCUUCAGAGUGCCACUUUUCCCCCUGGCGAGAUCGGAGACCCAACGGCCGCAGGCAACACCUGCAAUGAUGAGAACGACGCUGUCGGCUGCAUCAUUAGCCUUGGUCUCCUUACCCCAGCGGUGAGCGAGGAGGAAAUUCAAGCCGCCGUGGCUGGCGUCGAGGCUGGCGCUGGCGCUGAUGCCGGUGCAGAUGAGGAUGCUGCUUGCGAGGAGGAAGACGCCAAUGAAGACGUGAACCAAGAUGCCGACGACAACGCCAACGAGGAUGCCAACGAGGAGGCUACCGGCACCGUUAAUGUCCAGGCCUUCACUGGCACCCUCGGCGGCGCCGCACCGCCUGUUGUCAGCAGCGCCGGCGCCGACCGUCCCUUUUCGGUUAACGGCGCUACCUUCCUGAACGCUGGGGCUGCGAUCCAACGCUCGUGCGCUGUGCAAAAGAAUGCUUGUGCCAACGCCGCCAAUGCCGGGCAGCUCGAAGGGGGUACCCAGCAGUGCGACGCCCAGGAGGAUGAGUGCCGCGCCGCCAACAACCUGAGAAGGGUGCGCCGUGGCUCCGCUCGUCGUCAAGCUGGGGCUCUCGAUUUCGGCAGCUGUGGCAGCCCGGCGAUUCAGUUCGCCGUGGGUCUGGAUGGACGCAGGGAGGCGAGCUUCCAGAACGUAAACACGGCUGAUUUCAACCACGGGUCGGCACAGAACAUCCGCAUCAUUGCCGAUUUCACGUGCGACCGCCUUUCGAGCUCAUGCGGGGCAGACGAGGCGACGGUGCAGGCUUGCGAGGCUGCCUCACAAGCCGCCCAGGGAGCGAGUGGUCAGGCCGCGGCCGACGCGUUCAACUCGGCCCUUGGUGUCUCUGCUUAG